AUGCAUUCACCAUCAGAGAAAAGACCAUUGACAUCGUCAACCAAGAGAUCAUCACUACCGAAAAUGAGCGAAACAGACGUUCUCAUCAUCGGCGCCGGCCCCACGGGCCUUACUCUUGCACUCGAGCUCUCGGUGCAGAGCAUCCCCUUCCGCAUCAUCGACAAGGCCCCCGUCCCGUCAGACAAGUCCCGCGCCCUGGCCGUGCAGCCGCGCUCACAGGAGCUCCUCCACCGCCACCCCCACAUCGCAGAGUCCAUGCUCGCCGAGGGCACCCCGGGACCCGGCGUCAACAUCUACUGCAACAAGCGCCAUCUCGUCACCGGCACCUUUGACGACCUCGGCUUCGACGAUACCCGCUUCGGACUCCCGCUGUGGAUCUCCCAGGUCGACACCGAGGCUGCCAUGCUGCGGCAGCUGCAGGUUUAUGGCGGUACUGUGGAGCGGGGUGUGUCGGCGGACGAUAUCAAGCAAGACGGCGUCCGCGCGAGCACCACUUUGACAAAAGGCACCUCGAAGGAGGUCGUACGGGCAAAGUACAUUGUCGGCUGCGACGGCGCACAUAGCGUCGUCCGGCACAGCGCCGACGUGACGUUUGAGGGUGCGCAAUAUCCUCAGCAAUUCAUGCUCUGCGACGCAAAAGUGAAAGGCGACUACGACACAGAGCGUGUCUCCCUCUAUCUCAGCAGUAGGGUAAUGGUCGUCUUUCCUCUCAAGAACGGCGUGGUCCGCUUCGUGGGUGAAAGGUCAUCGAGGAGCAAGCGCGAGGGCGACCCGGACAAGGAGGAGAUUGAAGAAUUUGUGGAGGAGAUGAUGGGGAAGAAGUUGGAGAUUGAAGAGACGCUGUGGCUGACGAGCUUCCGGUGGAACUGCCGUGGUGUCAAUAACUACCGCGACGGACGACUAUUCAUGGCCGGCGACGCGGCGCAUAUACAUUCCCCUGCGGGCGGCCAGGGUAUGAACACUGGCAUUCAGGACGCCAUCAACUUAGGCUGGAAGCUCGCGGCCGUAAUCCGCGGCGAGAAGGAGGAGGCAUUCCUGGACACAUACAACGAAGAGCGACACCCGGUCGGACAGCACCUCCUCACGGGCACAGAUCGCAUGUUCACCAUGGUGUCAUCGCAAAACACAAUCUUCACAACAGUGCGGAACUGCUUGAUGCCAUGGAUCGUGCCCCGCAUCUGGAGCAACAAGGCGCGACGGCUGUCGCUGUACACGUUCAUCUCGCAAAUGGCCAUCAAGUACCGCAACAGCUCCAUCGUCGGCUCGGCAGUCGGCUUUGAUGGGCCUGUCAGGGGCGGCUGGCGGGCGCCGGACGGUCAAGUCACAGACGAGAGGGGCGAGAAGGGCAAGUGGUUGCUCGGGAUGACGAGCGCGCGGGACCACACGAUUUUCCUGUUUGCAGGCGGUGCGGGGGACGACGAGGAGAACUUGGACAAGGCGGAGGAGAAGAUUGUCACGGACGGAAGGUUCAAGGAGUACGGUGUUAUCAAGAUCUACGCCGGGGAGACGGUUGGAAAAGGGGGCUACAAGGACGUGGACGGAGUGCUGCACAAGCGGUACGGGUUCGAAAAGGGGGCCGGGAUGGUGGUCGUGAGGCCGGAUGGGUAUGUUAGGUUUAUCGGCCCGGCGGAGUGCGUGGGGGAGUUCUUGUCAAUGUGA